UCAGGGGCAUGUUCAGUCAACCGCUUGUCGCUAGCAAGCCGGAUUUCUACGCUACACAGUAAACUGAAUUACCACUACGAGAAUCAGUAGUUCGCGAACGUUUGCGAAACGUUUACUGAAUAAACUUGAUGCUGGGUAGCUAGCGAAGUUUAAAAAUAACAUUUGAAACAAGCACCGACGUUUUAUAAUAUUCAUUUGUUACGGUUUCAUGCGUGAAACCUUUUUUCUGUGGAAGCAGUAAAAGUGAAAUUGUGACGAAAACAGCGCACCAAUCAUGAGGAUUUUGAACAGUCGUAUUCUAAUCGUUCUUACGUUGACAACUUUGGCCAUACUUCUUGUUGUUUCCACUUGGUUAAACGAAACAGUCGUGAUACAAUACAGCGAAAAGGAAUGUGACUGCGGUAAUAAAAACGGACCCAGCGCGACACACGGUGUACCUGUACUACGAAAUCCUAACCAGACCAUGUUAACGGAACAGACGUUACAAUCCUCAAAUCUAAGUACAAAAAAGACGUGGUCGGAGAUAGCAGAAGAAUACCACACGUACGUGAACACCGUGCAAGUAAAAUGCAACAACAUCGUUAGAAUGGGCAAGGCCGAUGACGGCGGCUGGGACAUCUGCGAUGACGAACAAUACAGACCGAAGCAGCCAUGUUUGAUAUAUUCUUUCGGAAUUAACAAUGACUGGUCGUUUGACGACGCCGUGUCAAAGAAAUAUGGAUGUCAUGUGCACGCCUUUGAUCCCAGCAUGAAACAGGACGAUCACAAUCGAUCAGACCUGAUCCACUUCCACAAGCUGGGCCUUGCAGAAAGAGAAUACACCAAUCCUCAGGGAUGGCGCUUAAACACGCUGGCGGGAAUAAGAAAACAGCUUGGACAUUCACAGACGGAAAUUCAGAUUAUAAAGAUGGAUACGGACAAGGCCGAACUGACAUCACUACCGGAAAUGGUAACCAGCGGAGCGCUCAAGGACGUCUCCCAGUUUGUGUUUGAAAUUCACAUUCGAGUUAGUCAGUCUUUUGAAACAGAAGCAGACCUAGCGAAAUACGAAAUGGGACUGCGGCUACUCAAACAGGUUUAUGACGAGGGGUUUAGAAUAUUUAAAUCGCAUCAAAACCCGUGGUCUAAAUACCCAUCUAGGUUUGGUCCUGUUCGAUAUGGAUGUCAUGAACUACACAUGGUACGAGUGAAAUAACCGUGUUCUGUUUGUUAAAAAGUAUGAUUGACAGUGAUGGAUAAUAAUGAGUGAAUGAAUGCAUGGAUGAAUGAAAGAACGAACGAAUGAACGAAUGAACGAAUAAAUUAUUUUUAACGACACUCCGUUAUUGGCAAUUGGCUGUCAAACAAAAAUGUUAAGAUGAUCUGUAAAAGCAAGUGACCAGGAAAAUCUUAAUAUUAAAAAGAUUUUUUUUUUUUUUUUUUUUUUUUUAACGACGCCGCUAGAGCACAUUGAUUUUUUAUCUUAUCAUCGGCUAUUGGACGUCAAACAUAUGGUCAUUCUGACACUGUUUUUAG